AUGGCUGCCGCAGGUUCAUUCUCGGCCGGCUCUAACACCGGACCUUACAUUCCGAGCCCGGAUUACAUGGAAUGCCUCAAUGAGGGAUUCAACAUGCUGGCGAGAGAGGGCGAGGCCUCCAUCCCGCCCCAGACAAUGGCGUCGCCGCCAGUGCGGCUGACGAGCCCUCCCCUUUCGGACAUCGACCCCAAGGAGAGGCUCGACACGCCACAAAAGCAGCAGCGUUACAACGCCGAGCUUUGGCAGAUCGACAGAUCUGUAGAACCCCUCCCCUUCUCGAGCGAGGAGCUCGCGCCGCCGCCGCUGCAGCCACUGAUCCCGGCGGACCCCCUCUCCCUCUCGCUGGAGAAGGCGGGUUUCUCUGCGCUCCAACAGGACUUCCUCCGCCAGCUCGGAGCCCUCUCGAACGAGGGGAUGAUGAUGCUGCCACCACUGCCAGGGACGAUGGCCUGGCAAAUGGUUCGCACCUUGGAGAUGACGGUGCGAUGGGAGGAAUGGGCGGCACUACUUGUGCAGCAGCAGUUCGAAGCCGUCCCGAACAACCAGCCAGUGCUGCCGCCACCGCAGCCACCGAUGAUGGCCCCACCUCCGGUGGUCCAGCCGGGGAACCAGGCCACCGCCCAGCAGCCGGCCUUCUCGGGCCACAUGACCGCGGGAAACGGACUUCGUCGUGGCGUCCAACAUCCUCGAAGGCCACAGAAGAAGAAGGCGAUCCCUUCUCCAACGCCAGAAGCGGUCGAUACGCCUAUGGGCGGCUCUGGAGAUGCGGCACCACCGCCUCCCCCUAAGAGAAUCCGCGCUGCUCAGCACGCGGCCGGCCGGGGCGCUAUUCCUGGAGAAAAGCAGGCCAUGAAGCAUCACAAUCUCCGCUGCAGAAAGGCCACUGGGUGCGUUGCGAGCUGUGACCUCCAAGCCAACCACCCUGAGUUCUACGCCAUGAAGGUCCGCAAGAACCUUCUGUGGAUCCAUGAGGUGGAACUGUCCGACGCCCAGCGGGCAAAGCUCAACGAGCAGCACGAGAGGAAAAUGUCGAAGGCAAAGAAGUAG